AUGGCAUUGAACCAGGCUCAAAAGGGCCAACGACGACGGCGCCGUAAUGAAGCCCAAAAUAAGGGUGACACUAAGGCAGUGAAGGCAAAAAAAAUCAAAUCAAAGAAACCGAAAAAACUGACCAAGACAGUCAUUGAGAUCCCAGACAGUGACGACAGCGGCAUUGAAUGCUUGCCAGGCAGUGACGACAGCGACAUCGAAUUCGUGAACAACAGCCGAGCUAGAGAUGAAGACAACGGCAUUGAGUCCUCCAACUUCCAGGGAGGCAAUAUUGCAGAAUUGGAUUCCACUCAGAUGACGAACACCGAUCCAGCAGUUCCAAUCUCCGAUGUUGACUCUGAAGAAGUCCAAACUGAAAGUAUUGGACAGACAGCGACCACUUCUUUUCCCCCAAGCGAUCGAACAAAAUUUAUUGGGAAUCCCAAUAGCGAUGAGGACGACACUUUUGACCUAUAUGAUCAAGAGAUGGAGGAACGAAAUCAAGCAAACAAUCUAGUCCAGUACAUGGAGGCCGCAAUUCAAGAUGAUACAUCCGAUGAGGAGGCCGAAGAAAUUGCCGAUGAUCCAUUGCAAAUGAUGUGGUCAAUAUUCUAUGGGCCACUCUCAUAUGUUGACCCCAAACCUCGAGGACGUGUCUUAAAAACUGGUAAAACAAAUUACAGCCACCCUGUUGCAAGCUCCAAUCCCUCGUCAAAAAAACUAGUAACCCGACCUCUCCCAAGGCAAACCAAACACGAUCGAAAGAAGAAAAAAGAACAAGCACUAGGCUUCAACAACAACAUGAUGCAGAACUAUCUGAUCCGGCAACCGACUACCAAAGAAGCUAGAGACCCAAUGAUUGACCCCAACCUCGAACAAGCAACACUCAAUGAUGAUGGUAUCCCAGCCAACUUGGUUGAAACAGAGUCAGCUGAAAGCCGGUUGAAUAUUGAGCAGCAACGAUAUCUAGCAGCCCCUAAACCCCUGCGACCAAAAACCAAUGCUGAGAAGGCCAAAGCUAAAUCCGACAAAGCUCAAGCCCUGUGGGAUGAGCUCAAUUCUGCCCUCCUGGCGGCAACUGCUAUUCUCAAGUCCAGAGCAAAAAAAGACAAGCGGUUUCAGAUCCCUCAAUGGACGAUUGACAAUCUCCAUGAGUUCAAUUCCCUCCGAUAUCAGCACAUCAUUGAUGGCACUCCUCUUCCGACCUCGGCGGCAUCAAUUGCAACGGCUCGCUCUUAUAUACGCCGACACUCCUUGAAGAAGGGGCCCCAAGAAUCUAAUUGUGGGAGUUACCUUGCCAAAGUUAUUUGCAAGCAAGCUAACCAUGUCCUUGCCUACCGAGAAAUUCCCGAACUCAAACGUGGAAAUCACACAAAUCACCCCUCCAUGCUGAAUAACACUGAAAUCCGAGAAGCUGUUUUCAAAUGGGCUGCUGCACAGGUCCCUGGUGAAGUCACACCAAUCAAGUUCCAAACUCACAUUGUUAACGAGAUUCUACCGGCUUUUGGGAUCAAUACAACACUCAGUCGCAAUGCAGCCACUCGAUGGAUGUAUAAACUUGGAUAUCGACCUCAAGAACACAAGAAAUGUCUUUAUUUCGACGGACACGAACGGCCGGAUGUUGUUGAAUCUAGAUUGAAAUACAUCAAAGAUUACAGCAUGUAUCGAACACGAUCUCGCAUGUACGAUCUCCAGACCUUUGAACAGUCUGCUGUUGUUGAACCCGACUCUCUAAACAGCAUGCGAGAGACUGUUUUCAUAUACCACGACGAGUCAACGAUCCAUGCAAAGGAGCGACCCAAAUCAACUUGGCUGCUUCCUGGAACUAGCGAGAUCCGGUCAAAAAACACGGGUCGAUUAAUUCACAUCUCCGACUUUAUUUUGGAGACUACCGGAAGAUUGAAGCUCACUGAUGAUGAAUUUCAGAAUGCCGCUUCAAAACCCGAUUCAGCCGAUGCUGCAACAAUCAUUUAUCCUGGCUCAAAUGGUGAUCGAUGGUGGGAUAUGGAACAGCUUUGCAAUCAAGUUUCAUGCAAGGCCAUCCCCAUAUUUGAAAUCCUGCAUCCAAACUCGCAAGCAGUCUUCAUAUUCGAUUGUUCCUCGGCGCAUGGUGCUUAUGCAAAAACGGCAUUGAGAGUACAGAACAUGAAUCUCUCUCCAGGAGGAAAGCAGUCUCGACUCCGGGAUUCAAUCAUUCCUUCUGAUGACCCCUGCAUUCCAUCACAUCUUUGGGGGCAGACUCAACAAUUUGUCUACAGCAACGCACAUCCAGAUCCAAAAAAAGCGGGACAGCCAAAAGGAGUCCAGGCCAUCUUGGAGGAGAGAGGACUUUGGCAGUACUAUAGCGCCAAAGCCAAAAAAGAGGGGAAGCCAAAUUUGAACCUCCGAUGCAGCAGCUGUGCUGCCUCAAACAUACGAAAAGAUGCGCAAGAACGAUCAUCGAGGUUGAUUCGUCAAGCUGAGGAGAGUGGGUAUUUCUUGUCACAAGAACAAAGCAUCACUGAACUUGCGGCCUCCGAUAGCUCUCUAAAACACAUCAACACUGAGCAAGAACCACCCGCAUCUGCAGAUGUCAGCAGUAGUACUUGCUGCUGGUCCAAAAUUCUCUCUUCCCAAUCGGACUUUGUCAACGAACGUCCUUUACUACAAACGAUCAUCGAAGAUGCAGGCCACAUAUGCCUCUUCUUACCAAAGUUUCAUUGUGAAUUAAAUCCCAUCGAGCUUUUCUGGUCCUACAUCAAGGAGUCAUACCGAAAACAAUCUCAUACCUGCAAAACCUUUCAGUCUAGCAAGGAGUUGUUUGAUAGGGUUAGACAAUCUUGUCCCCUUGUGACAAUCAGGAAGUACUUCUGUCGCAUUGACCGACAGAUUUCAGCUUACCAGCAAGGCUAUACCGGCAAGCAGUCACAUGCGUUGGUGAAGAAAUACAAGUCUCACCGAUGUAUCCCCCGAAAGGCUGCGAUGAACAUCGACAUCCUAACCUCAUGA